CCCCAUUGCUCUGUGCCAAUCAUCCAUUCACCCCUACCCCCACCGGCUCGUCCAUCCUCUUCGGUCUUGUUCGUUAUUUGUUUUGGCAGUCCUAAAAAAGAGAACAACCAUGGGUUCGACCAAGACCCAGAUCAAAAUUGCAGACCAAGAAGAGGAGGAAGCUUGCAACUACGCCAUGCAAUUGGCCAGCGCUUCGGUCGUACCCAUGGUAUUGAAAGCAGCCAUCGAGCUAGAUGUACUGGAGAUCAUUGCUGAAGCAGGCGCUGGGGCUCACAUCUCGACCUCUGAGAUCGCCUCUCAUCUUCCUACGCAGAACCCAGAUGCACCUGUUAUGCUCGACCGUAUGCUGCGUCUCCUAGCCAGCUUCUCCAUUCUUACUUGCUCCCUACGCACCCACGACGAUGGACGGGUAGAGAGACUCUACGGCCUUGCACCCGUGUGUAAGUUCUUGGUGAAGAACGAAGAUGGAGUGUCGAUGGCUCCACUGGUGCUCAUGAAUCAAGACAAGGUCCUCAUGGAAAGCUGGUACCAUUUGAAAGACGCAGUGCUUGAUGGGGGAAUUCCAUUUAACAAGGCCUACGGCAUGACUGCAUUCGAAUACCACGGCACAGACCCCAGAUUCAACAAAGUGUUCAACAGGGGAAUGUCAGAUCACUCCACCAUAACCAUGAAGAAGAUUCUUGAGACAUACAAGGGAUUCGAGGGCCUCAACUCCGUGGUGGACGUCGGUGGGGGAACUGGAGCUACACUUAACAUGAUUAUUUCCAAGUACCCUUCCAUCAAGGGCAUUAACUUCGAUUUGCCUCACGUUAUUGAAGAUGCCCCAUCCUAUCCUGGCGUGGAGCAUGUUGGAGGAGAUAUGUUUGUUAGUGUACCUAAAGGAGAUGCCAUUUUCAUGAAAUGGAUAUGUCAUGACUGGAGCGAUGCACAUUGCUUGGAAUUUUUGAAGAACUGCUACCAAGCGUUACCGGAAAAUGGAAAGAUAAUUGUCGUCGAGUCCAUUCUUCCGGUAGCUCCCGAGACUAAUCUUUCCGCCAACGGUGUGUUCCAACUUGACAACAUCAUGCUGGCACAUAACCCUGGAGGAAAAGAGAGAGCCGAGAAAGACUUUGAGGCCUUGGCCAAGGGCGCCGGAUUCGCUGGAGUUGGAGUUAUGUGUCGCGCUUUCAACAGCUAUGUCAUGGAAUUCUAUAAAUCUGCUUGAGGACUCGUCUAUCCUCUCUUUGGCUUUGGCUUGAGUUCCCCAUUCCCAUUGGUUGCAGUGUGUGGGUUUGUGUCUCACUCGAUCUCGUGUUUGUUUCUUUAUAUAUUCACGGAAAUCAAAAAUUUCAUGUAAUUCUUACUUUAUUUGAGGGCUAAUAUGUAUGCUUAUAAUUACUAUCUUCAAAAUCAAACGUAACGUGACACGUCCUUAUAGCACCAA